UUUCUAUAGGGGAGGGGUCUCAAGUAGCACAGGCUAGUCUUCAACUCACUAUAUAGCUGAGGUUACCCCUGAACUCCUGAUCCUCCCCAAUCUUUGCCUCCCAGGUUCUAGUAUUACAGGUACGAACCACCCACCAUGCCCGGCUUUGUUUUGUUCUCUGUUGUUUUUGAGAUGGUAUCUAGCUCUAUAGUCCAUGAUUGUUGGUAGAAGAGGGUUUUCUCAAACCUGUGGCAUUCCUUCUGCUUCAGCUCUCCAAAUGGUAGACCCCCCCGAGUGCUGGGAUUAAAGGCGUGGGCCACCACCACCCGGCCAACAUUUUUCUUUGUAUAGUGUACAGUUUAACCCACAGUCAACUGAACUGGCACUUUCUUCUUAGGACUGGACCAGCAAAGCAAGCUGUUCAUACUUUCUCACAGUUCUCAUGACCAAAUACUAGAUUGGUCUUGAGUUACUAGAUACGCCGUAGGCUAUCACAAAAACUGUCAAGCCCAGCUCUGCAUUAAGCCUACUUCUAUGAACAUCUUUCCAGUAACAGACAGUCCUAGAUGAAGAGUUGCAACUGUCUAAACCACAAUUCUGCAAUCAGAAUCACUUCUGUGAAGACUCUCCUAGUAAAUAACAAUAUUGUGCACCAAGCCUCUGUAACCAAAGAAUUUUUGUUUCAAAACAACCUAUAUGCACUUCAAUUUGCCUUAAAAUUUUUAACUUGUCUGCAGAGAUAGCUUAGCAGUUAAGAGCACUGACUGAACUUCCAGAGGUUCUGAGUUCAAUUCCCAGCAACCACAUGGUGGCUCACAACCAUCUGUAAUGAGACCUGGUGCCUUCUUUGCCAGCAUUGUAUGCUUAAAUAAAUAAAUUAAUUAAAAAAAAAGAAAUUUACUUUUUAAAGGCUUGGUUGUACUUUGUAACAAAUCUCGUUUUAGCUUGAGUAUUCAAUUGAAAUCUUUUUUGGGGGGGCAAACCCCCCACCAAAUCUUCCAACUAGUAUCUAUAAUAUACUUUUCCAGUCUAACGAAUAUAGACAACCGAGUGAGUUUUAGCCUUUUCUGAUCCUUAGAACACCCAGUUUGAUAAAGGCCAAGGUGGCUUUAUGACGUAGCUCCGCCUGAAGAAAAGCUGAGGCGCAUUCUCCACCUGCCCUCUUUCGCCACGGCCGUGGGAAUGGAUACAUCUGCCCACGUGCGGAAGGUCAGCAGGCCAUGACAACGACCACAAGCACCACCACCGUAACCGCAAAACGCUCUAUCUCCUGCCCUACUGACCCUCUGCGGCUGUCCUCUCGCAACUCGCAGCUCACAGAGAUGGCCACGAACAGUCAAGAGCACUUUGAUGCUUUUGAGGCAGUGGAUCUUAGAGAAUUUGGCAAAAACCAGCCUUGGUGGCGCAAACUUUUUGGGCAGGAGACCAGGUCUGCGGGCGAGAAGUACAGUGUGGCAACCCAGCUCCUGGUUGGCGGCAUCACGGGCUGGUGCACUGGCUUCAUAUUUCAGAGAGUUGGAAAGUUGGCUGCCACAGCGGUGGGAGGGGGCUUUUUUCUACUUCAGUUCGCAAACCAUACUGGCUACAUCAAAGUUGACUGGAAUCGCGUAGAGAAGGACAUGAAAAAGGCCAAGGAACAACUGAAGAUUCGGAAGAGCGCCCAAUUACCAACUGAGGUCAAAAGCAAAGCUGAGGAGUUGGUGUCGUUCAUAAAGCAGAACGUAUUAGUAACUGGAGGAUUUUUUGGAGGCUUUCUGCUCGGUAUGGCAUCCUAAAAGGGUAUCAUUCCACUCCUACGGUUCAGCAGCCUCCAUACACCAUCGUAGAAAAACCCAGAGGCUUUCCACUUCCUCUUCAUGCCUGCCCUCCUCCCUGUUGUAAAUCUGAACCGCUUCCAUGCGCAUCUGCCCAUGCAAGUUAACACAGGUCCUCCCAUGGGCUUGACAAGCCACAGGGCAGCGCACUCUCCAUCUGGAGGUCAACAGGAAUGGUCCUUCCCCGGUGUGUAGAACCUGCCCCAAACCAUCUUUAAGAUCUGUCCCUAACAGUCGAGCUGGAAGAGCGCUAUGUGGAAAGGAACUGAACAUAUCUGACUUUGAGCUUGGGAAGAAAGUAAAGGAGGGACAGUUGUGGGAGUACCACCUGCUAGUCAGCUACUUUAGGGGGACAGUCUCCUUACAAAACUUUACAAGUAAAUUGAUGCUUUCUUUUCCUUUGGACAACUACUCCAGUAAGCUGUAAUUAUAGCUAAAGUGUGACUCUCUUCAAAAAGGGCCAUAAUCUAAAUCCCUGAAAGCUUCACUAAGACCUGGUUGUUUUUCUUUUUUUUUUUUUUUGUAGGGUAGAACAGGGUGGGCCUAGGGCCUUGCUCCUACUACUUGUACUAGGCCAACAAGGCCUACCACUGAGCUAUAUUCCCAGGCUUUUAGGUAUUUUUCAUUUUGAGAGGUCUCACUAAAUUGCUCUCAGGGCCUGGAACUUGACAUUCUUAUGUCUCAGCUUCCUGUGGAGGUGGGAUUACAGGUCCAAGUCCCCGGGAACAGCUCCCCCAAGACCUUAAGAAAGAACUGAAGAAUGCAUCUCCGAGUCUACUUUGCCUCUUCUCAAUCUUCUCAUUUGCCUUUUCCCACCAGGAUUAGUUUGCCAUAACCCAUCUAGCUGGGCUUUCUACUUCAGGGCCUCGACUACUUCAAUCAAACGUCAGCUGGGGGAAAUUUUCACCUAGACGCUUCAAGAAGAAGAAUCUGCUUUCGGGCCUAGGUCUGGGGUACAAUUUCUAUAUUUGCAACUGUAGGAUUGAUUCACAUUUUGUGCUUUGUCAACCAGAGGACCAGCUCAGCUCUGGGAGGCCACCCACACAGUUCAUCUCACACGGACUUUGCUCUCUCCAUACAAAUCAGAAACAGCACUGGCUUCUUUUCUUCAUGACCAGGUGGAGAGAGAAGAGGGCCCUAGGGGUCCAACACCUCUGCAGAAAGGGCAAGUGUGUGAGUGCAAUCAGUGUUUCCAUUGCCUGUUGGUCAGAAGGUAAAAAUCAUGGGUUCUGCCCAAACUCAACACUGUGAGCAACGGAAAACGAUAAUCGUAAGGAGCACCUUGGAAACUGUAUGCUACAUGGGAAGAAGAAACGAUUACUUCUCUGUCUUUGAGUAUGUCUGGGUUUCCACCUUUAAUACCAGGAUUAGAUCUUCAUAUUUCUACCAAUGGGGGGGUGGGAACCCCACUAAAACCACAAACUCCGUAGAUCUAGAAACAACCACUUGUAUAUAAGCCAAUUGGGUCUUUACAGUUUAAAUUAUGUUUACAUUCUUCCGUUCACUUAAAACUCUUAAUUAAAAAAACAACCCCUCCAAAGGAAAAUGUCAACUAGUACUUUGUUUUCUUUCGUUUUUUUAAG